AUGUCCUCCGCAAAACAACUCUUCAACGACGCCAGAGAAGCCACCGAGGCAGAGCACAAUCUCACCCUGGUACAAGCACUGAAGCUCUACCCCAAAGCCGUUGGAUGGUCCGUACUCGUAUCCGCCGCCUGUAUCAUGGAAGGCUACGACAUGGCCGUCAUCGGCCAGCUGUUCGCCCAGGACUCCUUCAAACGGAGAUUCGGGGAACCCUUUCACGAUGGCAGCUAUCAGAUCACUGCCGCCUGGCAAACAGCCCUCGGCAAUGCCGGCUACAUCGGCACGAUCUUCGGAAUCUUGCUUAACGGGCACAUCACGGAGCGGAUCGGGAUGAAGAAAACGCUCGCACUAGCUCAUGCUGCUCUCACGGGGUUCACUUUCAUUCUAGUGUUCGGUCAGACCAAAGCUCUACUCCUGGUUGGCCAGCUGCUUUGCGGCCUCUCCUGGGGCAUUUUUACCGCGGCGGCCCCGACAUAUGCCUCCGAAGUGUGUCCCGUUGUCCUCCGCGGCUACCUCACCACCUUCAUCAACAUGACCUGGGUGGUGGGCCAGUUAAUUGCGGCGGGGAUUUUUCGCGGGGCCCAGGGGAUGCAAGGGAAAUGGGCGUACGGGAUCCCCUUCGCGAUCCAGUGGGUAUGGCCCGUUCCUCUCUGCGCGGGGCUACUCUUCUGCCCAGAGUCCCCCUGGUGGCUUCUCCGCAAGGGCCGGCUAGACGAAGCCGAGCAUUCAUUACGACGACUGUCUCCAGCAACGUAUCCCGAAAAAACCCUCGCAAUGAUGAUCCGCACCGACGAGCAGGAGAAGAAACUCGACAGCAGCUCGUACUGGGACUGCUUCAAGGGCGUUGAUCUCCGCAGGACGGAGAUUGCGCUAAUCGCAUGGCCGAUUCAAGUCUUUGCUGGUAUCUCCAUGAACCAGUACAACACGUAUUUCUUCCAGCAGGCGGGCGUCAGUGGCGCCACGGCCUUCGAUAUCAGCAUCGGCUACUACGCUCUUGGCUUCGUCGGCACCCUCGUCGCCUGGUUUCUCAUGACGCACUAUGGUCGCCGCACGAUCUUCAUCGGUGGCCUCGCCCUAAUGUGCCUGACGAUGCUAGCCAUCGGAUUCGCCGCCCUGGCCCCGGAAUCUAACCACGCCGCAACCUGGGCCCAGUCCAUCCUGUUGGUUAUCUGGGUCUCGUUCUACGACGGGUCUGUCGGUCCGUUGGCCUUCUGCAUCGUCAGCGAAGUCGGCUCCACCCGACUCAGAGCAAAAACCAUCGCGAUUGGCCGCUGCUCGUUCUAUUUCUGGUUUAUCGCCUUUGGCGUUGCUACGCCGUAUAUGCUGAACCCAGACGAGGCGAAUCUGAAGGGAAAGACAUUUUUCCUGUACGGGGGACUUGCUUUCUUUCGAUGCUCUGGGCUUACUUUCGGUUGCCGGAAAUGA